GGGCUCGCCGUGGGCAACCCCAAUGCGUGGACUAUCGGCUGCUGCAUUAUGCUGGAGCUACAGUUCCGCUGAAGGGAGUUUGCACACGGCCGGCUGGGCUGGACUGCAGCGCUGCCGUUCCUUAUGAAGAAGGCACAAACUUGGAUUAUCACUUGCUUUUGUCUUCAACUACUCCUACUUAAUCCUCUUGUCAAAGCCCAAAGUUCCUGCGGGAAUCCAGUCACAGAUGAUGUGAAUGACAUUGCAAAAUUGGUUGGAAAUCUCCCUAAUGAUUAUAUGAUAACCCUUAAAUAUGUCCCGAAGAUGGAUAGUCUGCCUAAUCACUGUUGGUUGCAUUUGAUGGUGCCUGAAUUUUCAAGGAGUCUACAUAAUCUUCUCCAGAAAUUUUCAGAUAUUCCAGAUAUGUCGGAUGUUUUAAGCAACUAUUCAAUCAUCAAUAAUCUCACAAGGAUAAUUAAUGAUCUUAUGGCAUGCCUUGCUUUUGAUAAAAACAAGGAUUUUGUAAAAGAAAAUGGUCACCUUUAUGAAGAAGGUCACUUCAUUCCUGAGGAUUUUUUUAGGCACUUUAAUAGUACCAUUGAGGUCUACAAAGAGUCUGCAGACAGAUUGGAUAAAAAUGACUGCAUUCUGCCUUCAACAGUAGGAACACCUGAGAAUGAUUCCAGAGUCGCUGUCACAAAAACAUUUUUGUUUCCUCCUGUUGCUGCCAGCUCUCUUAGGAAUGACAGCAUUGGCAGUAGCACUAGCAGUAACAAAGAAGCACUUGGCUUCAUUAGCAGCUCCAGCCUGCAAGGAAUCAGCAUAGCACUGACAUCACUGCUGUCUCUCCUUAUUGGCUUUAUUUUGGGAGCCAUAUACUGGAAGAAAAAACAUCCCAAAUCCAGACCAGAAAGUGAUGAAACUACACAGUGUCAUGACUAUCAAGAGGAAAAUGAGAUAAGUGUGUUGCAGCAAAAAGAAAAGGAACAUCUACAAGUGUAGCUGUUGCUUUUUGUCCCUCAACACUGUUACUCUUUCGUGUACUGGCAGGUAACAGUUCCAUGUUCGCUUCAUAAAUGAAGCAGCUUUAAGCACAUUCGUAUUCCUUCUGGAGUGACAGACUGAGUCUGCAUCUGUUGUUGCUGCCCAUGACUCCAUAGACAUGAUACAGAAAUGAGGACAAUUUAUGUUUGUUACUGUGAAACCAACACUGAAUUGAACAAUGAUAAGAAGAGUGAGCACUUAGCAGGACUGUAUCUUAUGUGAAUAUCUGCCUUGUGUGACAUUUGAAGUUUUUUAAUUGCAUUAAUACUUUCAACUGACUCUGGCAAACAAAGUAUGUCCUGAACAAAAAAGCAUCUUUCAAAAUGCUUCCAACUAUGUGUAAUCAUUGCAAGUCAUAAAUACCUUUGCAUCCUUAAUUUAAAUUCUGUGUCCUCUACGUUAAAUUGAUGUCUUCAGAUGAAGGUCUCUGAACUGACAGAAAAUGCAGAAAUGGAUACAGAUAACAUACUCUUCAAUAUUGUAUAUAAAACUUGAAAGCAAAGUCACGCCAUGAGUUUGUGUUCUGGACUUAGACUUAUAAGGAGCUGUGUCAAAGGCUGUGUGUACAGCAACACGUGGUCUCUAUCGGCUGCCAGGUGGCUGGUUGCCCACCCCAGAAAGCCUCAAGAAUUCAUCAGCGUUGGUGGUCUCUGUUCAGGAGAAGCAAAUACUGGAUGAAGACAAAGUAAACUGGAGGUGAAUGAACCUCAUGGAGCUUCGAAGAAUUAAGAGUAAUUGCUGGGUAUGUGAACACUGGUGAAAUUUCCAGUCAUGCUAAGGCAAAGUAAAGAGUCUGAAUUGCAUUCAAACAUCAUAAUAAAGACAAACCCAUGAAAUGCAUUUUAAAUUCUGAAGAUGCAUGCCAUUGAUACCUUGUCUUUAAAUGUAUAGCAUAGUAAAUCUGAAAGAUCCUGAGAGUGUAUUUAGCUUUUACUUACAUCAGCUGUAAUUAAUGUUUGCAUUGUGUUUUGAGUGAUUAGUAAGCUUUAAUAUCCUGGCAUUCUCCACUCUUGAAAGUUAAUUCUUUUGAAACAAAAGAGAAAGACUUUGUUUCCCACCUGUCUUCUGUAUCUAUUACUGUUACAGUAUCAUGGAAUAUGAACAGGACUGAUGUACAGAUAUGCAUUUUCAAGUAAAUCCUAAAAAUACGAUGGUAAAAGUU